AUGUCCUCAAACGUUGGCCUCUCCACCCCACGUGGGAGUGGUACCUCCGGCUACGUUCAGCGGAACCUCUCCCACCUAAAACCACGGGAUGCUGGCUACGGCGCGCCUUACCCACCCCUCUCAGCUACCGGCGCCAACUCAGACCAACAGUCAAAUAAUAACUUCAAACAGCGCAAGCCUGAUAAACAGAUUCUUGAGCACGAUCGGCGGCGGGCCAUCGAAGUAAAGAUCCUGGAAGAGAGAGAUCGAUUGGAAGAAGAGAAUGAGGAGGCGGAGGAGAAGGGGGAGGAAAAGAAGUUUUCAGAAGAGGAAAUUGAAAAGAGACUAGAUGAAAUGCGGGCAAGGCUAGUGCGGGAGUUGGAAGAGGAGUUGAAUGGUGAGAGUGAUGGGAGGCGUCGCGCGUUUGGUUCCAGACUGGGCGAGGGGGGAAAGGCUGAGCGGAAACAGUUUAAGACGUACCAGGUGCACGAGUUGGCGGAAGCGAAGAUUGAGGAGAGUGAGAGGUUGAGGAAAGCUUUGGGUAUUAGAGGGGAAGGGGAGCAGGGAGAUGAGUGGAAGUGGAGUGGCGGUGGUGGGAGGCGGCGGGAACAGGGAUAG